UGUGCGCUCUUCAGGCUGGACGUCCAGGUCUUCGCGCGGAGCGAGUGCGCUGCAGUGAUAACCACACUUCUUGGUUUUAAACUUUGCGUGGACUCUAACUCUACUGAGUUGCAGAGAAAGUCUUCAGAUAGGUUUUUGGCUUUGCAUCGAGAAACACUCUGAAUAAAGGGACACAAUUUUGGACCGAAGCCGCUCCAAGUCGCUCCCGCGAACUUGUCUGGAUUACUUUUCCCAGAAUUGCAAGCCUGUCAUCAUAAUGUGGCUUUCCUUCAUGGUCUACUUCCUCUCCUCUGGCGUGGUGCUAUCCUUGGAGUGCCCAAUUCACUGCUCCUGCCAAGACCAGGAUUCAAUAUUCUGCGUUAAUCGACAGUUCACUGCUGUGCCUCGCGUGCCCAUCACUACCCGAAAUCUCUUCAUCUUCCAGAACAGUGUUACCACCUUGUCCAAAGAUGACUUCAAAGGCCUAGCGGAGCUGGACACACUAGAUAUGAGCCAAAAUGAGCUGGCAGAAAUUCCAGACAAGGUAUUCGAAAUUAUGUCAAAACUGAAGAACUUAGACCUGUCCUUUAACCAGAUUACUCACAUAUCAAAAGACAGUUUUUCUGGGUUGGUCCAGUUAGAAAGGCUAUAUCUUGAUGCAAACCAAAUUCAGAGCAUUCAUUUGGAAGCUUUUGAAGGCUUAGAGAUGCUACUGGAGCUGAAACUGCAGAGGAACCAGCUCACUUCCCUGCCAUCCCUUAAUUUUCCCAGGCUACUCCUUUUAGACCUAAGCUACAAUAACAUCCCAAACCUGGGCCCCUCAGACCUCCAAACUCCCCACCUAGAAACCCUCAAAUUGGCCUCAUUAGGGUUUACCUCUGUGGAUGAGGAUCUUAUAGCAUCCCUGAGGAACCUUCAUGAACUUGAUUUAUCAAUGAACAAGUUACAUGAAGUGCCAAAGGCCCUAAAGCAGGAUUCCCUUAAGGGGCUUAUCAGUUUAAGCCUGGCUGUCAACCCACUUCUUGAGCUAACAGUGAUGGACUUCCUGAAAUUAGUUGGACUUCAAAAACUGGAUCUCAGUGGACUCAAUCUCCAAGGAUUUCCUGAGGGUUUUCUUGAAACCUUCCCAAAGUUGACGCACCUGACAGCGGCUGAGAACCCAUUUAACUGUCUAUGUCCAUUAUCUUGGUUUCCUAUUUGGCUAAAAGAGAAAGGAGUAACUCUGAAGAGGCCUGAAGAAACCAGAUGUCACUUUCCUCUGGUUAAUGCUGGGAAAAUGCUUUCGGCACUGGAGCACAAAGAUUUUGGAUGUCCACCAACAACAACUGAAUCGAUUGGCUCCCCCAUCGCUAACACACUUGUUCCCCUGAUGCCAACCACAUCUCCAGAAACACCCCAUACUAAUGCAAUUCCUCCCCCUCCACCACCGAGUGAAGAAAUCAUCUCCUUAAAAACAGAUAACUACCUUUUUCUACCAGAACCUCCAGUGUCUCCUAGCUCCAACAGUGAGGAGAAUUAUCAACAUUUCUGCCCACCAAACAUCUGCCUCAAUGGGGGUACUUGCAUUUUUGACUCACUGGGCCAACUCAGCUGUUUUUGUCCCUCAGGAACAUCUGGCCUCUACUGCCAGAACAUGGAUGAGGUUCCUGAGUCACCACAACCUUCAGCAACAUAUGUGCCUGUAGCUGCCACUGUCAUACCUGAUAAAGUUGAUGCCAUCAGUUCACGGCAGGUGACAUCCACAUCAAUCCUUCUUGACCUGCACCGCUUUAUUGAGACAAGGCCACAUAUCCGUGGUAUCAGGUUGACUUACCGUAACCUCUCAGGGCCUGACCGCCGCCCCAUAAUUCUGAGUUUACCAACUUCUUACCCAGAAUACACUUUGCGGGGUUUAAGACCCAACUGUACCUAUUCUGUCUGCGCCAGUCCCCUUGGAGAGAAAAUAAACUCCAGAAGUAACAGCUCUGCAGAAAUGGGGUCAUGUACAGAAGCUCGCACUAAGGGUCUUUUCGUGCCAUCCUCAGAGCCCUGGAUAGAGAAAAAGACCUCUAUGACAUACACUCUCUUUUCAGCUUUAGGUGCUCUGGCAAUGGUGGUAGGGUUGGCAGUCGUGGCUGGGGCAAUCAUCUGUCUACGGAAGAGGAGCCAGGCAAAUGCAGGGAUGGAACUUGAGCUGGGCCCGGCUGAUCCUGAUCCCAUGGAGUUAGAGGGUAUAAAAGCUUGUCUAGAAAAUGGGAUAAAUGGUCCACUACCCCUCAAACAGCCUGAUAUUGAUUGUUGUCAGACGCCGCAAUUGUUGCAACAAAAUGGUAGCAUGGACUAUGAUGCACCCUUGAUGCAAGGACACUGCCAAUCAAAUAAUAAUUUAGCAUCCUUAAAACCAUCUUAUUUCUAAAGCUGAAGCAGACUUUGAAGAGAGUUUCCAUCUGGACUUCUGGAUCCAACUAUGGCUCACUGAAUGAAGUGGCUCACUCAAUUCAGAUUUUUAUUCUAAUAUGAGAUGUCCACAUUGUCUGACAGGGCACUUAAUAUCCUCUGUUGUCCACAAGAUAACAGAAAAUAAUAGAUGAUCUAUUUUAAAGAUACUGGAUUAUAGAUUUCAAUUUUUGAGUGGUUUGAAAGUGGUAAAACAUAAUCAAGUGAUUAAAUUAAGUGCAAUCAUCUAGGAGGGUCUUGGUAGUGGACAGAAGAUGAAGUGCCUUCUGCACUGACCCAACUUUAAAUGACUUUGUUUUUUCUUUUAAAUGUAUCUGUUUAUAUAAAUACUGAGCUCUAAUCCUGUUGCUGGAUUUGGAAGAUAUGAAAAGGAGCAAAUGCCUUGCCGUCUUUUGGGACACAGACCUGGAGAAAUGAAAAUAAUUCAGAUGAUGCAAAUUAAGACGUUUUCUUUUGAAUCGCACAUCCAGAUAUCGUAUGGACUUUCAACCAACACCAAAGGCACCAUGGGAGUAAAAAAAUAUAUAAAAAGAACUUGCACUGAGAAGAGAAAUGCCUUUCCAAUAUCAUGAACACAGACUGCCACAACACAAGGUUAAUAUGGAAAUAAAAAAAUGAAAAAAGAUGUUGGUGACCAUUAAGAGCUGUACAAAUUCUGUUUUGUGAUGUAAUAUG